UAGAAGUGUGGACAGGAACCAGAGCUUCUUCAUUUCACCUCCCCUUCCUGGCCAUGGAAACUUUGGGCUCCCUGUUGCAGCACAACCUCUUGCAGGAAUCUUUCCGGGAUGCCUGGACUCGCUUGCUAGAGAGCUCUACCAAGUUCCACGUGGUCACAUGGGGUACCCUGCUGCUGUAUUUGUCUUCCUACUACUUAGCCUCGCUUCCUGGAUUCAUUUACCAGUUCAUCCCAGCCAUGAAGAAAUACAAAAUCCAACAGGACAAGCCAGAAACUUGGGAAGAUCAGUGGAAAUGUUUCAAGAUGACAUUUUAUCAUAUAUUCACUCUCCAUAUACCACUGUCCUUAGCUGUGUACUUUUACGUGGAGUAUGCCAAUUUACCAUGCGACUGGAACUCCAUGCCUCGAUGGUAUUCUGCAAUUGCUCAAGUCUUUGGAUGUUUGCUGAUUGAAGAUACUUGGGAGUAUUUCAUACAUAGGCUAUUGCAUCACCGAAGACUAUACCAAUACCUCCAUAAAGUUCAUCAUAACUUUCAGGAGCCAAGAAAGAAAUUCAAGGAAAGAAACAACAUUAAACCACUAAAGACAUGUUAA